CAGCCGAAAUUGACUGAAUACCAUGGACCCCCCUCUUCUGUUUCCAUUUGAUCUGGAUAAGCUACCAACGACUCUCAACACAUCAGCCGUAAUCCCUUACAACAUCAACACCACCGGCCUGUAUGCCAACUUUGUCAACAUCAUCAACUCCACCACCUGGGCCAACCUUCAGCCUCAAAACAUUCACGAACGAGCAGACGACAUUUUCACCAAACCAGAGAACAUCAUCACUCUGAUCUUGUGCUUCUUGGCCCUGGCUGUGAACGCUAUCUCCAUUGCAGCCACCGCCCACAUACCCCAUGGACUGACAAAUCAUUCCAAACUCAUCAUUAGUUUAGCCGUAUCCGAUAUCCUAGUCACACUGAGCGUCUUUAUGCAUAUUCUUAUUAAGGUGGUUGUGGCACCUAUUAUUCCACCUACCCUAGAUAAUUUAUCGGAAAGACUGACUUCCGCAUGCAUGUUCCAAUUUGUGAACUCCAUUAACAUAACGGCACAUCUGAUUUCUUUGUUUAAUCUCUUUGCGAUGGCAUUGGAUCACUACAUUUCCGUCCUGCAACCUCUCCACUACUACCACAUCAUGAAUAAUUUCCGCGGGAAUAUCAUGAUCACCGUUUUGUGGGUCACAGCAUUCAUUGGUGGCUUCUCAAAUUUUCUGGCUGGAUUUGGAAAGACGGAUGAAGACGAUUUUGUGAAUUUUUGUGAGUAUACACUAUAUUCCGAAUACCAGGCAGAAUAUAUAGUAAUAAUUAUGGCCAUAAUCUGUCUCAUUUCUAUAUUGUUUAUCUACAUACGGAUAUAUCGAGAAGUGAAGCAAAUUAACGCAAAAUGUGUCAUGCUCCUCAAAGACGGACUCCACAACAAGAAGGCCCUGCGUACCACUCUUCUUAUCAUUGGAACAUUCGUAGUGUGUUGGCUUCCCAGCAUGACAUUUCAAAUAGCCAUGAUCAUUCAAGUCCACAUAAAUACUGAAACAGUGAAAGAACUCUUCACGACUCUGAUUCGUGCCAAUAAGUACCUCUACGCACUCUUACUUGUGAACUCUCUCACUGAUCCAAUCACAGCUGUGCGACUCAAGGAUGUGCAGAACGGGUACUUCCGACUUCUGUCCCGAUGUUCGAAGUUCUACCAGGAGAAAGUGAAAGAGGAAAUUUACAACCAAUCCAGAAUCGCCUUCCAUUCCAAAAGGAGGUCGACGGAGAAUACCAUUAAAUUUCUCUUAACAGAUUGCAACUCCAACCAAUCUACAACCGGCAUACACAGAAACGUGUCCGCUCCACUUCUGGGUGAUAACAGUGUUGUAAGUGAAAUGUACUCUUUAACAAGAGAUGUACACAUGAACGUGCUUUUCCAAAAUGAAUCUGCGGAAACGGAGCACUGUGAACUCCUUCCUUAUUCGUAA